AUGAGAGUGGCCAGCAUUCUAAAGACCCAGUCCAAGUCGCGAUUAGUAGGAGCAAAUGCUCCAGGAAUCAUUGCUCCWAUUGGCUUCUGCCRCAUUGGCUUCCAGCCUCUGCCAACCUUUGCCCCUGGCCAUGUUGGAAUCGCCGCAAAAUCAGGAACCCUCUCUUACGAAGCCGUAGCAUCAAUCACCCGUGCAGGAUUGGGUCAAAGCUUGUGCAUUGGAAUGGGAGGAGACAUCAUCGCCGGUACCAACCUUGUAGACGCGCUCAAAGUCUUUGAAGCAGACCCAGAGACUGAAGCCAUCUGCCUCAUUGGUGAGGUUGGCGGCAGAGCAGAGGAAGAUGCAGCAGACUGGAUCAAGGAGUACCUCAAGCGGACAAAGAAUCCCAAGCCUAUCACUGCCCUUGUGGGCGGUAAGUGCGCGGUGCCUGGUAAGAUCAUGGGCCAUGCGGGUGCUYGGGCCGCUCGCGGGGAGAACAACUCGCAUCAGAAGUACAGUGUGCUACAAGAGGCUGGUGCCACCAUGGUUGAUCACCCUGAGAAGUUCGGCGGCGUCAUCAAGACUCUUCUGCAGCAGUCUGGGAGGGACGUCAGCAAGAUACAAGCCAACGCGGCCAGCCAGCAAAAACGCGGAUACCACACCUUUCGCCGAAGCCCAGCAUCCUUGAGAGCGUCAGGUCGACCAGCUCCUCUCCAGCAACGUCGAAGUCUAUUCAUUGACGAAAGUCUACGACCUGUCCCACUCAAUCCAUACCUUCGCAGCAUCGAUGGCCUAUCAAUCAGCAAAGACGAGAGCCCAAAGGACGGACACUAUAUCGGGGUCAUUGUUGAUCGUACCGAGCGCUCGCCUUGUAUUGUGACUGCACCUACCGCAGAAGUCUCUGCCAUUGAGAAAAGGGUCAAGCGUUUCCCAUAUGACUGGCAAGAAGGCCCAUCAGAGGCCCUUAUCAACCAAGCAAUCGAUCACCUACAGUUACGUUCAGCACCGAUCGCUGCUAGAAGACAGGCGCAAAGCUUGCUCUCUAACCUGGCAAAAAUGUACAAAGAGAAGGAGGCUACCAUCCUAUCUGGCUGCGUCAGCGUCGACGAUUCCGGUAACCUGAAGCUACACCAGCCUAGCAUCACACUCAUGUUUGAUGGCUCCGCGUAUAAGAGCGGGAAGCGGCACGAGGAUGUGCACCGUCUACGGCAGAAAGAUCAGGAAGAUCCCGCGGAGGUGGAGGCGGAAAAGGAUGGAAUCGUAUAUGUCCGGCUGAAUGAACCAGAUGCCUCGAUCGGAACACUGGUGAACGGUGCAGGUCUUGCGAUGAACACUGUUGAUGCUCUGCUUUUGCAUGGCGGGAAAGCGACCAACUUCUUGGACACUGGAGGAAAGGCGACGUCAGAGACGGUGAAGAAGAGCUUCGAACUGAUCCUGCAAGACCCUCGCGUCAAGGUUAUAUUUGUUAACAUCUUUGGUGGACUGACGGACGGAGGCAUGAUUGCCAACGGUAUUUUGCUCGCAUUCAAAGAGGUGGACAUGAAGAAUGUGCCGGUCGUGGUUCGCAUUCGAGGAACAAAUGAAGAGGCUGGACAGAAGAUUAUUGCAGAGAGCGGACUAGGUUUAGAAUCUUUUGAUGAGUUCGAGUCCGCUGCGAAGAGGGUGAUAGAGAUCGCGAAUCAGAAAUGA